AGAGAACUUCCGAGGUCGAAGGUGACUAUUUCCGACGAUUAGAGCCUGGGCCCGCCCCGCCCCUCCUCGUCUUUUCCGGUGGUUGCUUCUAGUAGCUGCGGCGGCUUACCCGGCGUCCGCGCGUGCGCACAGGAGAAAUGGAACCCUACUCCUGUGACACUUUUGUGGCAUUACCGCCAGCAACAGUUGAAAAUAGGGUUAUUUUUGGGAAAAAUUCAGACAGACUCUUCGAUGAAGUACAAGAAGUAAUUUACUUUCCAGCUACAGCUCAUAAUGAUUUGGGAAAACGUCUUAAGUGUACUUACAUAGAAGUUGAUCAAGUCCCCGAAACAUAUGCUGUCGUCCUUAGUCGCCCAGCUUGGUUGUGGGGAGCAGAAAUGGGAGCCAAUGAGCACGGAGUCUGCAUUGGGAAUGAAGCCGUAUGGGGAAGGGAAGAGAUUCCUCAGGAGGAAGCUCUUCUGGGCAUGGACCUUGUCAGACUUGGCCUUGAAAGAGCUGAUACAGCUGAAAAAGCUCUUGAUGUCAUUGUCGACUUAUUAGAAAAGUACGGCCAAGGUGGAAACUGUGCAGAGGGUCAAGAAUUUAGCUAUUUUAACAGUUUCCUGAUAGCUGAUAGGAAUGAAGCCUGGAUUCUGGAGACUUCAGGGAAGUACUGGGCAGCAGAAAAAGUUCAAGGAGUCCGUAAUAUUUCCAAUCAGCUUUCCAUAACAACCAAGAUUGACCGGGAGCAUCCAGACAUGAGGACCUAUGCUAAGCAGAAGGGCUGGUGGGAUGGCAAAGAGCAGUUUGACUUUGCUGCAACAUAUUCUUACAUUAACACGGCUGCGAUGCUGACUUCAUCAAGCAGAUACUGUCAGGGCUACAGGCUUCUGAAUAAACACACAGGAAACAUAACUUUUGAAACAAUGAUGGAAAUUCUUCGAGAUAAACCAAGUGGCAUCAAUAUGAAGGGAGAGUUCCUGACCACUGCAAGCAUGGUUUCUAUUUUACCUCAAGAUCCCAGCCUUCCUUGCAUUCACUUCUUUACAGGGACUCCACAUCCUGAGAGGUCUGUUUUUAAGCCUUUCAUAUUUGUACCACAUAUUUCACAACUGUUGGAUACGAAAUCACCAACAUUUGAACUUGAAAGGCCAGUGGCAAAGAAGCCGUAUGUCAAGCCUGACAGAAGACACCCACUCUACCAAAACCAUCAACAGGCCUUGGAAGUGAUCAGUAACAAUAAGGAAAAAGGCAAGACAGUGUUGGACAACAUGAGGCAGCUGGAACAAGAAGUGUUUGAAGAAAUGGAGUCAGUCCUCCGAAACAAGCAUCUUGAUGUGGCUAAAACGGCUGCUGACCUCUUUCCUCGAUGUGUAAAAGAUGAAAUUAAAAUUUAUCAGUCAGGUGUUAGUUCUCAGUGACCAUGGAAGCAGUAAAAAAUAUUCCUCACUGC